CUGAAAUCAUGCAACGAGUAACUAUUUAUUUAUUUAAUGUAUAAAAUUGAACAGGCACUAGAUGACAGUUGGGGAAUACCCACAUGUCCAUUCUCGAAAGAGUUAUCAAUUCAAUAGCGUAAAAUUAUUUCAACUUCAAAAGAAAAUGAUUGUUUUAUUAAUUUGGAUCUUUAUAAGUCGUAUAUUGUUAUCAAAUUGUGCAGAAAACAUUGUAUUGAUCAUUGCUGAUGAUUUGGAUAUAUUUCUUAAUGGCAUGACGCCAAUGCAAAAUACAUUGGAUUUAAUUGGAAGUAAAGGUGCAGCAUUUUCAAAUUGUUUCGUUGCUUCGCCUAUCUGUUGCCCAAAUAGAGCAUCACUUUUAACUGGAACAUAUCAACAUAAUCAUUUAGUAGUUAAUAAUUCAAUUAGUGGAGGCUGUAAUAGUAUUGAAUGGCAAAAGAUACAAGAACCAAAAACAUUUGCAGCAUAUUUGAAAAAAGAAAUGUUUUAUACAACUUUUUAUGCUGGAAAAUAUUUAAAUCAGUAUGGAGAUAAAAUAGUAGGUGGAUCUGCUCAUGUACCAGUAGGAUGGGAUUGGUGGGCUGGUCUUAUUGGGAAUUCAAAAUAUUAUAAUUAUUCCUUGUCAAUAAAUGGAACUGAAAAAAUGUUUGGUAAUAAACCAAAUGAUUAUCUUACUGAUGUAAUCAGUGAUUUGGCAGUAGACUUUAUUAAGUCACGUAAUCCAAAUAGUCAACCAUUUCUUAUGGUUUUAGCACCACCUGCACCUCAUGCACCUUUUACACCAGCAAUAAGGCACAUUGAUAAAUAUAAGGAUGUAAAAGCUAAAAGAACACCUAAUUUCAACACACAGACUCAAAUGGAUAAGCAUUGGUUAGUGCAAAGAGGUCCAUCUCCACUUCCUGAUAAUUUAUUGCCUAAGUUAGAUGAAAUCUAUAGAAAAAGAUGGGAAACAUUGUUAGCUGUUGAUGAGCUUGUAGGAAAUGUAUAUCAAGCUUUAAAAAUGGAAAAUCUUUUAGAUAAGACUUAUAUUGUAUUUACUUCUGAUAAUGGAUAUCAUAUUGGUCAAUUCAGUAUGCCAAUAGAUAAACGUCAACCAUAUGAAACAGAUAUUAGAGUUCCAUUAUUAAUACGAGGUCCUGGAAUUCAACCAUCAAAGAUUGUUGCACCUAUUAGCAGUGUUGACUUAUUUUCAACAAUUUUAGGAAUAGCUGGUAUACAACGUCCAUCAGAUGGAACAUCAUUUUUAAAAAAAGUAUUACCAAAAGGUAGAACUCUGUUAAUAGAGUAUAGAGGCGAAAGAUCUAGAGGUAUUCCAUCCUCAGGUUGUCCAAGUGAUUAUGAUUCAAAUCUUGCAUUAUGUUCUAAAGAUAUGGCAUGCAAAUGUCAAGAUGUUGCAAAUAAUACUUUUAGUUGCAUACGACAUAUAUCUCCAAAAUUUAACAAUAUUUUCUGUAUUUUCGAAGACAAUAAGCAUUAUAUUGAAGCAUACAAUAUAACAACAGAUAAAUAUCAAAUGGAAAAUAUUGGAUAUACUAUGAAGCAUCGUCGUAGAUACAGAUUAAGGAAAAAUCUUAAAAAAAUGAGUAUUUGUAAAAAUGAAGAAUGUGUUGUUACAAAUAUGGAACAUAUGUAUGUUUAAAUAUUAACAUAUUGCGGAUAGUGACUACAUAUAUUUUAAAUUUACGAAUAAUAUGAAUGAAAUAUAGGAACCGUUAAAAGUUAGAAAUGCCGACAGCCGUUUUAUUUCGAAUUACUGCAUUUAUGGAAAUCAUGAGCGAAGAAUACGCCGUGAAUCUGGAUAUAAGAAUAACUCGCCUUGCUUCCCGGGUACCUCGAGCAAACUGUUUUCUUAGCAAAUAUUUUUAUUAAAGCCCCGCGGUUCGAAUAUCUGAAUAGCAAUCGCGCUAUUCGGGGGCAGAGAAAAAGAAAACCGAAUAAAGACAGAACGCAGAAAUAUGCUUUUGCCAUAUCCAUAAAUUUAAUCUAUUAAAACGUUUUGAAUCGUUUAAGGAUUUAUGAAACUAAAUUUAUGAAAUAUUAUGAUACUAAAAUUAUUCAAGAUCAACGUAAAAAAAUUCCAUUCUUCUGAUCCUAAACAUCGGGGGUAACUAUAAAGCAAAGUGGCCCGAUUUGCUGCUUUUCAAUGCCAAGCACCGUAAGAGACAUCCUUUCAUGUUGCAUAAAAGAACUUCGAAAUGUUUGUACACACGUUAACCGUUCUAUAGACUAUUUAAACGUUUGUGCAGAUGGUAUUUGAAGGUAAUAUAAUGUACAUAAAAUUA